UCGGGAGGCAGUACCGGCAGUGACCAGGGCGGGGAGACGCCGACCGCCGGCUUGGAGCACGGAGUACGGCGACAAACAGGUGGUCAGAAGCGCUCGCUUAAAGCAGUCCCCAGCAUGGGGAAGAGGUGAAGGAUCCCACCGUGCCCCGCUUCUCUGAAGACGCAGUAGACGUUUAAUGCACAGCGGAGCGGCGCCGAAGGUGCCCGUCCGCCUCUAGGAUUUCGGAACGGACCGGAUCGUAAAGUAAAACAUGAAAGUGACAGUGUGCUUCGGGAGGACCCGGGUGGUGGUUCCGUGCGGAGAUGGGAAUAUCAAAGUGCACAGCCUGAUCCAGCAAGCGGCGAUGCGAUACAGGAAGGCGAUCGCCAAGGAGCCCGGUUAUUGGUUGCAAGUUCACCGCCUGGAGCAUGGUGAUGGCGGCAUCCUGGACCUGGACGACGUUCUGUGCGACGUGGCAGACGACAAGGAUCGGCUGGUGGCCAUUUACGACGAGCAGGACCCCCACCACGGCGGCGACGGCACCAGCGCCAGCUCAACCGGCACGCAGAGCCCCGACAUGUUUGGCAGCGAGCUGGGAUCAGCCAACAUGUCCGCCCUGCCGCCGUACCAGGUCAACAGCGAGAUCGAGGUCACGCCCUCGGCCCUCAAGACCAACAUGCGCCUCCGCGUGCGGCGCAGCAGUGACCCCGACAAGCCUGCGGGGUCCCCCUCCCUCAUCGAGGCCCCAGAGGAACCUUCCCGCAAGAACCCGACACGCUGGUCCACCACGGCCGGCUUUCUGAAGCAGAACACGGCACCACGGACUGGCAGCCUGGAGCGCAAGGGUAAAGGUCAGGACACGUACCGGAGUCUCCCUCGUGACGGCGCCGGCUGGGCCAGUCAGUUCCAGCGGGAGAAUGCACGCUCAUCCCUCAGCGCCAACCACCCCAUGGUGGACCGAUGGCUGGAGCGCCAGGAGCAGGAGGAAGACAUGCGUGAGGAGGAGAAUGGGCGGAUUGAGCCGGUGGGCCGCGCAGAUUCUGGCCAGGAACACACUUCAGUGCUGUCUCUGGACGACAUUGUAAAACCAGUUGAGGUCUGCAAUGAUGGUGGCCCGCUGGGAAUCCAUGUAGUGCCUUUCAGUGGGCGCGACCGAAGGACACUGGGGCUGCUGGUGAAGCGGCUGGAGCAGGGAGGCAAAGCGCAGCAGGAGAAGCUCUUCCAGGAGAACGACUGCAUUGUGCGCAUCAACAACGGCGACCUGCGCAACAUCCGCUUCGAGCAAGCACAGAAUAUGUUCCGUCAGGCCAUGAGGUCGCCUGCCAUCCUUUUCCACGUUGUCCCAGCGGCUCGCAAAGCCGAGUAUGAGAGACUCUCCCAAAGCGAGAUGGGUGGCCGUCUGAGCCCCGAUUCACUGGACCACGCACCCCAGAGGCUGGGCCCAUCGGGGCCCUUCUACUCUCCGCUACCUCACGCGGUUGGCCCCACCAGCAAACCUGCUGGCUCCCCCCAGAGGCCCCUCAACUCCACGUCCUCAUCUGGCUAUACCAAGAAGGUUGGCCGGAGGUUCACCAUGCAGCUGAAGAAAGGUCCAGAAGGCUUGGGCUUCAGCAUCACGUCUCGCGAUGUGCCCAUAGGGGGCACCGCGCCCAUCUAUGUGAAAAACAUCCUGGCUCGCGGGGCUGCAAUCCAAGAUGGCCGACUGAAAGCAGGGGACCGGCUGCUGGAGGUGAAUGGCGUGGACAUCAAUGGGAAGACCCAGGAGGAAGUCGUGGCUUUGCUCCGGGGGACACCGAUGGGCGGUAUGGUGGGGCUACUGGUCCUCAGACAGGAGGACGCCUUCCUGCCCAGAGAAGUGAGAGCAGAGCCUCCACAGAUGCAAGGUCCCAGACUUUUGAAAGCCACCGAGGAGGAGCUGGUACUGACCCCAGAUGGCACCCGGGAGUUCCUUACUUUUGAGAUCCCGCUGAACGAUUCCGGUUCUGCGGGGCUGGGUGUCAGCGUCAAGGGUAACCGCUCCAAAGAGAACCACGCCGAUCUGGGCAUCUUUGUCAAGUCCAUCAUCAACGGCGGUGCAGCGUGUAAGGAUGGGAGGCUCCGGGUGAACGAUCAGCUGAUUGCGGUGAACGGUGAAUCACUGCUGUGCAAGACCAACCAGGAUGCUAUGGAGACUCUGCGCAAGUCCAUGUCCACCGAGGGCAACAAGCGGGGCAUGAUCCAGCUCAUCGUUGCCAGGAGGGUCAGCAAACGCAGCGAGCUGGAAAGUUCCGGAACCCACCCUAGGCGGGCAGCCCCCCCGAGCUGCUCAUCACAGGACCGCGAGCGCCGGAUCUCGCAUUCUUUCUAUGGAGAGGAGCAGGAUGAGGGCAUGGCGGCGCGCACUGCAGCGAGGGCUCGGAUGAUGGGUAACUACCAGCUUUCCCCCACUGUAAACAUGCCCCAGGACGAUAUGGUCAUCAUCGAGGAUGAUAGGCUGCCUGGACUGCCCCUCCACCUGUCCGAUCAGUCGUCUUCCAGCUCCCAUGAUGAAAUGGUCUUCACCAUGGAUAAUCCAACCUCCUGGCCAAAAGACAUACUCCUGCAGAAUGAGUGUUCCCUGAGUCCUGACGUGGACCCUGAUGGCAUCUUUCAGAGGGAGGGCUUCGGCCGCCAAAGCAUGUCAGAGAAGCGGACCAAGCACUUCGGAGACUCCUCCCACCUGGAGAUCAUGAAGACCCGCAAGUCUAAGAGCAUGGACCUCGUCGCGGACGAGAUUAACCUCACGCCCCGCUCAGAGGAGAUCCCAGGCUCUCCGACAAGAGAUGUGGGCCCAUCUCUAGGCCUCAAGAAGUCCAGCUCCCUGGAGAGCCUGCAGACAGCCGUCGCUGAGGUCAUGUCGAACGGCGACGUCCCGUUCCACCGGCCGCGACCGCCCAUCAUCCGCGGCAGGGUCUGCAAUGAGAGCUUCAGGGCCGCCAUCGACAAGUCAUACGACCGGCCGGCCGCCGACGAGGAUGACGAGGGCAUGGAGACACUGGAGGAGGACACAGAGGAGAGCUCCCGCUCCGGACGGGACUCCGUAUCCACCUCCGCCGAUCUGCCGCUGCCAUCCGGGGGGUGGCCCAGGGAUGACAGGACGAGUGACGGGGGGGGCCGGGCCAAGGAGCAGAGGAAGAAGGACAAGUCGCUGAAGGACAAGAGGAAGUCAGAGAGGGACAAAGAGAAGGAGAAGGAGAAGAGCAAGGCUAAGAAGGGCAUGCUGAAGGGCCUGGGGGACAUGUUCAGGAUUGGAAAGCACCGGAAAGAUGAGCGGCCAGGUGAGCGAGGCGGAGUGGAACGCAAGGCAUCCAGCAAAUCGAAGGCGGGGGAGAUGCAGGAGUCCGACGAGGAGGCGCAGCGGAUGAAGAUGGAGAAGGAGAGAAUCCAGGCCAAAACGCGGGAGAUCCGGGAGAGACAGGCACGGGAGCGCGAGUACGCCGAGAUCCAGGACCUGAGCCUGGUGUCUGGUUCCGAGGAGGAGCACCUGUACGCGGGCAUCGGCUCCAUCGCCUCCUUCGACUCCUCGCUGGACAGCGGCCACAGCCUGUCCUUGUACAACCAGCCACGGGGCCCUGGAGAUGACAAGCAGACCGCGGAGUCGCUGUACGCCCAGGUCAACAAGUCCCGCAAUGGACACCCUCCCUCCGGUGACAGGUAGGGGGUGCCGUCCUCGCUUUGUACAUUUGUUGGUCGACUUGGGCUCCUCAUUGUGUUCGGAUGAUCACCCCACCCCAAGAGGUUCAAAUCUUGCUGUACGCGCAAAAGAAAACACAUUUUUAUCUCCCCUUUGUACACCUUGGAAGCGGGUCAAGCAUCCGUGUAAUCUAAUCAUUUCCAGGGUGUGAAAAUGGAAUGAUUGCCACUCUGCUACUCCCAUUUUGUGUCAUAGUCUUUGGUUGUGUCACUGUCCCCAGCAGUGGGGGGGAAGCACAUCUUUCCAUCUUCACACACUUCCUGUACAUGGAUGACACGGUCUUCAAGUCAAAUGAAAUAUUUAAUAUUAGGACAAAUCUCUGGGUGUUUUCAUGCUAUAAAAACUAGCUGACGCAUAGGCCCUGUUAUUGCUGGUGGUGCGUGGUUGUUCUCCGGGGCUUCGUCUGUCUGUCCGUACAUCCCUCCAUCCACCCCCUUGCCUCUUCUUUUUGCAGUUCCUCCCACCUCGCUGCUGUCUUUUCACCAUGCGGAGGU